AAUGCAGCGAGGCAUGUCGGGUUGAAAUCUCCGAUCCCAUUCAGUGUCCGAAACAGAGUCGGGUUGAGAAGAUUCAAAGAAACAGGAGUAAACUUUGCAUUUGGGGGAACCGGCGUCUUCGACACAGAGUAUCCUUUGCCAAACAUGACAACCCAGAUCGACUUAUUUCAACAGCUCCGACAUGGCGAUUCCGUAUUCACCAAUACAGACGCUCAAUCCUCUGUCGCACUCGUAUCUGCUUCCGGCAACGACUAUUCCUUUUACUUCGCCAUGAACAGCUCUAGACAGGGAUUGAAACCGUUCAUAAUGUCGGUAGUGAAUCAGAUCAUCGUGAAUUUGAAACGCAUUGGGGGGUUGGGAGUGAAGAAGAUAGCGGUGACAGGGCUAGGCCCAUUGGGAUGUCUUCCGGUAUUUACAGCGCCCUCAUCAUACAAGAAAUGCAAUGAAACAGUAAACUCGUUGGUGCAGUUUCACAACUUUUUGUUGAAGGAAGCUGUGAAGAAGCUGAACCAAGAAACGAAGCAUUCUUCGAAGGUGUUUAUUGUUGAUGUGUAUGGGGCGUUCAUGUCCAUAAUUGAAGGGCGGAAGAGAUACAACAAUGGAGAGUUCAAGACGCCAUUGAAGCCGUGUUGUUUUGGAGUGAAGAGUGGAUUUGAUUGUGGGAGUGUGGAUGGAGAAGGGAAGAAGAUGUUUGUGUUAUGCAAGGAUCGGAAAGCAGCCUUCUUUUGGGAUUCAGUGCAUCCUACGCAACAAGGUUGGGCUGCUGCAUUUUCUGCUUUUAAAAGCUUUCGCAACCAUUUUUAAGUUGAAUUAAUGGAGGCUAAUAUUAUGGCAUUGUGCCACCACACCCACCAUACCAAUAUGUACAAAUAAACCCCUUCCAUAUCAA